ACAAACAGCAGACAACCAAAAGCACUUCCUACAUCACUGCGUUUACUCCUCCUCAUCUUCCGUCCUCCGUCUGAGGUUGUUCCCGACUCUUGUAGUAUUGACACUCAGCACAGCCGCUCCGCGCACUGUGCCCAUCACCGCUAAAUGACGCACCGCUGCAGCACAGCGCGCUUCACAGCCACAUUAUUACAGCGUUACGCGCGCUCAACAUAGAUGGACUCGCAUCACCUCAGGACUUCAGAGUGAUAUUUACAGCGGCGAGUGCUUUUUCUCUUUGUAAAAUGAGUGAAGGGGAGAUCAUCUGUCAGGGCUGGCUGAGAAAGUCUCCACCCGAGAAGAAACUGCGGAGAUAUGCUUGGAAAAAGCGCUGGUUUAUCCUCCGUAGUGGGCGGAUGAGCGGGGAUCCAGAUGUGCUAGAAUACUACAAGAGCGACCAUGCCAAAAAACCCAUUCGCAUUAUAGACCUGCACUGCUGUGAGCAGGUGGACGCGGGUCUGACCUUCAAACGCAAGGAGUUUCAGGACAGCUUUGUGUUUGACAUCAAGACGGCCGAGAGAACAUUCUACCUGGUGGCAGAAACGGAGGAGGAAAUGAACCGAUGGGUGCAUUCGAUCUGUCAGCUGUGUGGAUUUAACCAGUCUGAGGACAACCCCCACGAUGAGAGGUCGUCCGCCACCCACGGUUCUCGAUCCUUGGCUAAUGACCUGGGCGCCUCUUUGGCUCCUCUGAUCGGUGAACGUAAAAGCUCAGUACCCGCCCACUCCAGCCAGCCAAUGCUGUUCACGUUCGAUUUACCUGUACGACACUCUCACAGUGCUCUGUCUAACAGCGCUCCACAGGACUACCUCUGGCUUCACCAGUGCAUGAGCCGCAAGAGUGAGAGUGCACGGAGUGCCAGUUUCUCACAAGCGUCCCGCAGCAGCCUGUUAGUGGGCAGUGAUUCUGCGGUUCAGAGACUCACUCAUGGCUUCUCUCACUGUUUGAACGGCAUGGGCGGACAGCUUCACGGUUUCUACAGUCUACCCAAACCUGGCAAACAUCAGCAGCUCUCUUCACGGACAGACACACGGGAUGCCUGCUACGUCCUGCCCAGAGGUUACAGCUCUGAAGAGCAAUCGGAGCUUGACUCCGAAGACGUCUACAUCUAUAAAACCCCCUGUAACACUCUCGCCGCCCCACACGCCAAUGAGCAACGGGCCCUUGAUAACUAUGAUCUACCCAGCAUUCCCGGUUCUGUCUACCAGAUCCCUCGCACGUUUGACAAGAACCACAACGCCCUUUUGCCAUCCAACUCUGACUCCACAAACGCGCCCCCACCCAGGCCACCCAAACCCAGCCAAGGCUCAGAGACGCAGUGGGCCAGCCCGCUGUCGACAGGGGCUCAAAACGGUGAUGUAGCAACAGUUUCGGUGAUUCCCAGAAGGAACACGCUGCCAGCAGUGGAGAACAUCAAGCUUCACAGAGGGUCCUCCUUUGAGACCGGCAGCCACCAGCGGCCGAUCUUCAACAACUCCGGUCAGUCUGUGGAGUCUGUGAAUGAUGGCUUCAGCUCGUACUUGAGAACUAAAGCCCCAUUGACCCGCUCCGACAGUGCCGGUUCUGAGGAUAACUACGUGCCCAUGAAUCCCGGCUCCUCCCCUCUCAGCGCCGCCCUGGCUGACAGUCCUAAAAAUAAUUAUAUUCCCAUGAGCCCAGGGCCUCACCAUUUUGAUUUCCCAGGAUUCUCAGCGACAUUGCCGGCCAGGAAGGGCAGCACAGCGUCGCAGUGUCUCCGACCUGGCCGCCUCAGUGACGUUACGCCGCCGCCAAUCAAUCGCAACCUUAAACCCAACCGGACAGCAAAGCCGACACCUCUUGACUUGAGGAACAAUGGCAUCAUUGAUGAGCUUCCCUUCAAGAGCCCCAUCACCAUGUCCUGGACCAGACCCAUGCCUGUCAUGAAUUCCAUGUCGUCCCAACACUGUCGGCCCAUUUCCACCCAGAGCAUCACCAGUACUGAUUCGGCAGACAGUGAGGAGAACUAUGUGACAAUGCAAAACCCAGCAUCUACCUCCCCAGCAAUGAGUGGUACCAGCAGUCCCGCACCCAGGAACUGUGGGAAUGUGGACUAUCUGGCCCUGGACUUUCAGCCUGGUUCUCCUGGUCCACACAGGAAGCCGUCCACCUCUUCAGUGACCUCAGACGAAAAAGUGGACUACGUCCAGGUGGACAAAGAGAAGACGCAGGCUCUUCAGAACACCAUGCAGGAGUGGACAGACGUCCGACAGUCAAUCGAGCCGGCGAAAGGCAUCAAAUCUUGAUGAACGUUCAAACACUGGCAAAGGGUGAACACAAGGGUGUUCCACCCUGUUACCCACAAAGCUCUCAUACUGUUACACCACGAUUUGGAAAAUAUUUGGAAUAAUCUGGGACAAUGCGAAUAAGAUGGAUAAACUGAAGCCAUAGAUCCAGUCUUUCAGGGACACAAACACAACAGAGCCUUCAGGACGGUCAUGCCGCGCAUGUCAGACAUCUCUAACUUUUGAAACGUUCUGUGCAAACUCACGUUAGCUGCUUGCUAUCUGUACGUGACCUUAAGCAGGGAUUCUUAAAUAAUUUACCCAUGUGAUAUUUGACACACGGGACAUCCAAAGGUUAUCUGAAUCUAUUUCAUGAUGGUUUGCUUGCAAAUUUGGAUUGUCUGUUGGUUCAGAAAAGGAAAGAGGUAGAGUCAGCAAUCCAGCAGUGGGUCCAGAGUCAUUAAAGCUAGAAAGAAGUUUUUCAACUUCGUUUUUUAACUGAACGAUAUAGCAAAUGACUAAAAUGACCCUUUUUACAUAGCUGGUCUUGUUGUGCAUGAUUCAGCAACUGAAUAAUUAUAAUAAAAUAGUUUGUCUUUGGAAAUUUGAUCAAAAGGUAGCUCCGACUUUCCCUUUGGCUGACAUCAUCGCCAAGCCCUAUCCUACAGUUUUUGUCUCUUUAUAUAUCCAUUUUUCUCUCUUAAAUACAUCAGAUUAUGUAAGUGAUCAGGAUCCCAUUCUCAGCAAUAUGCUGAAAAGGUUAAAGAUAAAUUACUGUUUGGUUGUGGGAAAAAUAGUUUUAAAUAAACAGCAAAGCUCACUUUGGAUUUUAGAAACCGUAAAAAAUAAAGCCCGUUAGCUUGACACCAGAUAUCAUAUUAAAGUACUUAGUGAGCAAUCUAUUUCUUUGCAUGCAGUAUGAAUGGGAAUAAUGUGACUACAUGAAAUGAAUUGAAGUCAUCCAUGUGAUCUUUAUUCCUCAACCGUGACGCUUCCCUGGCUGUCAUUACAGAAUAAGCUGGUCAGUUAUAAAAGAAAACAAAUCAAAAGCAUACGCAAAACCUCAAGAAAUGCUCUAUUCAUAUAAUAAAAAAACACGUACUAUGUGUUUAUAUUCUACAAGCCAAUGUUUUUAUUAGCUGACAGAAGAGAGACAUAUACUGUAUGGAUAGAUUAUUCAAAAUCGCUCGCAAGUGUUUCAUGCACUAUCAGUAAGAAAGGUCAAAGAAGCAAUACUGACCUCAUUUCCUUUCAAACUGGCUGUGUAAUGCAAGUAGCUAUAGCUGUAAACAGCCGUGGAAGGACAAGAAUGUGCGUGUUGCCUGUGGAGACAUUUGAAACUACUGUGUACAACAGUGCCAAUUGUUUCGAAAUGAGAAUGCUGAGUAUUAUUUAGUAUCUUGAAAAUUAUGCGUUAGAAUACUAUAAUAUCACAAAUCAACGUUAAGGAGAUGCCCUAAAAUAACAUUUGAAUAAAAAGCGCUUGAGCUUGCUUAAGGAUGAAAAAGAUAUGCAUAGUGAUAUUUGAUGAAACCUCAGAAAAGCCCAUUAUUCAUUUCCAUUCAGUUGAGAAGACUUUGUCAUUUCAUUUCAUAUUUUAUGGUGGGCUGGGACCUCCAAUACUCAGUUUCUAGCAGUUUGGGAGACUAAUUUUGGCUCUACAUCAUUUCAUAUUCUAAACGCCAUUUUGUAUUAAUUUUACAUAUGAGAUUGUGAGCGGUCUGGACUCAUUGGUAAAUACGUAAACAAUGUGUAGAUUGUUAGAUCCAGAUCCUUUCAUGUGUUCAGUGGAUUAUUUAAAAUGUGCAUUACAAGACUGCCAUUAUUUUAAGCUGUUACAUUUUGGUGGACUGGUAUCGGCUGGUUCAUGAACAUUUUUAAGUGAACGGAAAUCGGUUUCUUAAUGUGUUUUCUAUUAUGAAAAUAAAAUGUAAUGUAUUGUUAUGGAAGAUUUCUAGUAGGUGAAUAUAAUACGUGUGUGCCAGCUGUUGUAGAUUUUGUGCUGUAGUUUGUAAGGGGGACUUUUAAAGCAGGUCAGGAGAGAACAAACUGAAAACAAAAUGUUGUUUAUUGAAUGGAGUUUUGUGGAAAGCGUUUAUGUUCGACUCUUGGUCGCAUGUGAAUUAAUUUAUUAAUUUAUUACGUGUUUUGCAGGUGAACGAACGAUGUAAAAAGAAUGAAUUUGUGGCUCUACUAACGUUAAUUUAUGCUAUGUGUCCUGAUUUUGUGAAGCAUUAUGCCAAGCAAAGCCAGUAAAAUGGUCAAAUGUGGUACAUUUGUGAAAUCCAUUCCUUUUUUGGUGUUCUUGUUGUUGUUGUUCAAUGAUACUAUACUAAAAAAAACUGAGUGGAAUAAAUUGCAGUGCGAAAACCAAAGGCCUUUUAUCAAAGAGUAAACAAUUACACUUUAUGUAAAUAUAUUGUAUGAAAUGAGACCUGUUGUGUGGGAAUAGCCUCUGUUUUUCAUUAUCAAUUGCAAACUGAAUGACAUUCACAAAAAACACCAUUGAUGAUUGUGUCGUAAGAUUUAAGACUUACAGUUUUAAGAGUGUUGCUUGUGUGUGUACAAAACAAUAUUCAAGUACCUACAGUAGGUGUACAGCGAGAUCCCCAGGAGGUUCAAUAUCAACAUUUUAUCAGGGCAAGUCUAGGAGGGUUUUUUUCACACACAUGUUGGUUUACAAAGCUUACAACAAGGUACACCAACAUCUGUUGCUAGUGGUUGCUAGAGUACAGUAUUCUUGGUGGUUGUGUGAUGGUUG